UGCCUCCUGGCCAAGAAGCAGUUCUACCGGACAAGACAGAACUCGGAAUCCAGUGUUUCUUCCAGCUCCUCCUGCUGUUCGGAUGCUGUGAACGUUACAGAGCAGGACAAAGCAUUUAAUGGGUUACCAGAGUUAAUUGAUAACUGUUGGUGGAUAAAAAGCUUUUUCCAUAGUGAACCAUCUCUACCAACUGUUGGCAGAAAAACACUCUCAGCAAGCAG